UUGUCUGACUUAUUGUUGUGUUUUUUUUAAUGUGUUCUCGGAUUUGUUGUUUUGUCUUUGCAUUUGUUGUUUUUUUAUUUAGGACACAAAAUCAUAACUUGACUUUCAUAACAUGUCAAGUUCUUGAAUGAGUUUCAUGGUGGAGGAUUUGGCAGAAUUGCACCCUUACAGCUAGAGGGUCUUAAGUUCAAUGAUGAGCUCAGGUUGUUUUUUUGUGUGGAGUAUUGUUUCACAUGUUCUAUUAGUGUUCGUGUGGAUUUCCUCUGAAAAAUAAAUGCAGUGGAUAAAGUGGGCAUGUUCUCUUUAUAGGACAGCAACAAUUAGCCAAACCAUAGACAUAAUUUGGCAACAAUUGAUUAAACAUUUCCUAGUUUCCUAGGGGUCCUAGCAGCAGGAUCUCGCACUCUCACCUCCGCAGCAUCCAAAGGUCGAUUCCCAGACAGGGAUUCAGCCCAGGCACUCAGGGGUUAACUAUUGGUGCCAGUCUGAAACCUGGAUAAAAUGGGACGGUUAUGUAAAAAAAGGGCACCUCCCAUAAAAAACUGUGCCAAAUCAAAUAUGUGGCUCGAUACUGGAGCUGCUGUUUUGACCCGAACAGGGAGGAGCCGAAAGACUGCAAGAACAGAUUAAACAUAUCAUGUAAAUAAGUAAUACAGGUAUACCAAGUGGAACUCAUAGUGAUUCCAGUGCUGCUGCUUGCAUCAUCCCUCUGUAUGCUGAUAAGUAUAUGUUGUCUGAAGCUGUGCCAUAGCACGGAUAUCACACAAAAUAAUUACCAAAAACAACGCUACAGUAACAGGAGGCGACAUCUACAGGGCAUUGAUGCACCUCCAGAGCUGAACCCCCUGGAUCAUGAAGUUGUACCUAUGACAGUCCAAACCCAGAAGCACAAGCCCAACAGACAGCCUGCAGAUCUGCAGUUGUCCAUUGAGAGGCAGGAUAGUUCUUUCGAGCACAUUACCCCACUGUCCCCGUCUUUCACAUUAAAACCAGACAACACAAUGUCUCUCUACCAGGCCACUAUGGACCGGAAUCCUGUUGUGUUACGAGUGCUCAAUGAAUCAGCUGAUUCCAGGGAGCGUCAGGUCUUCCUGGGCUUUGCCCAUUUCCUCUCAUAUCUGGGGCCCCAUCCAUGUCUGCCCAGACUACUAGGGGUGGUGAGAGACAGGGAACCCCUGCUUAUGAUACUGGAGGGGCUGGAGAACAGAGAUCUUCUAGGAUUCUUAUGGAGAUGUAGAAUGGGCCACGCAGGUCUGAAGGCACCAUGCAUUAUUACAGAAAGAGUGAUUAUCUCAAUGGCAAGACAGAUCGCCUCUGCUCUGGAACAUCUGCACAGUAAGGACUGCAUUCAUGGCAACGUCGGGGCACGAAGUGUCUUGGUUGGUCGAGACCUCUCCGUAAAGCUCUGGGGAAUGGGCCCAGCUUUUCGUAGGAGGAUGAAGUUGGAGGCGAAGGAAAUUGAGAUGAGGAAGUGGCAAGCUCCAGAGGUGUUAGCCCAUCGAGCUGUCAGUCAAAGCAGUGAUGUAUGGUCAUUUGGUAUCCUGCUCUAUGAAAUGGUAACAUUAGGAGAACCUCCCUUCCCUAAAGUAAUGCCUAGUGAACUCCUGCAGUAUUUACAGAGAGGGAAAAGCAUAAAGAGGCCAAGCAACUGUUCCAACUCACUAUACACCAUUAUUAUGGCAUGUUGUAAGUGGAAGCCAGAAGACCGAGCUUCACUGAAGGAGGUGAUUUCAAUGCUCGGGAUGGCCGAGAGCCGCGCCAGUGACACAAUGACACUUCAAGCCCCUGAGCCACUGGACAUUGAGAAGUACAUGCAGGAAGUGGGCUAUGGAGAGACUUACAAUUUUGCUGUCCUUUAACAGGAUCAUUUUGAAAGUAUCUGAUCCUCACAUGAAUGAAAUCUACCUACUGUAAAUUGAAUGAAUUUUACUAGUGCUAUUGGGAUUGUGGGACAUGUUCUACUGGUAGGAGGGAGACAUUGUGUCCAGGGAUCCUGCUGCAUGCAUCCACAGGCAUCACACGUCACAACAGACCACACACCUGGAUAUUAAGGGUCUGACCCCAGCGUCCUGCAAUGUUCAUUCUCAUGACUGAGUGCUGCAUCUACAUGCUUCACUACAGUAUAAGCAAAGCAAGCUGAUUCUAGUUUGAAUUGUGGGCAGCAUCUAAUACUCAACAGAAAAAGAAAAAACCCAGGGGUAUUAUAUUCUUGCCCUGACAGGUGCACAGAUAAAUGAACUGCUGUUAUUAAUAAUGUCAUGCCUCUGCCACUAUGAGACUGUGGUGGAGACUCCGCGUUAACUGGUUGCCCAUCUGUGCAUCCGUCCGCCUGUCCAAGAUCUCAGGGUAAAUUCAAUGCAUAGAGCAGCAAAUGAUCUGAUUGAUCGAAACAAAGUCAAGGUCACUCCAAAGUCACGUCGAUACAGAGACACUUAUUAGUAAUUAGUCACUCUUUCAACCGGGAAAGUUUGUGAACUCUAGUAAAAUAAAUAAUAAAAAAAGCAACAGCUGUGUGGGAUGUGGCAGCCUAGUGGUUAAAGUGUUGGACUAUUGAUCGAACCCCAAAUCCAUCGAGCUGCCCUGAUCAAGGCCUCAUUUGUAUAAAAAUGAGAUAAAAUGUAAGCUGCUCUGGAUAAACGAGCCUAAUAGAAAAUGGCAAGGUGUUUGAUAAUCAGCCUCUUCUCUGGGCUGAAGGUCACUGUUACCAUAGAAACAGACAUAAAUAAGAAUAAGGAUGGCAACCUCAAAAUUUAUUUGAAGGGUUUUAUGUUAAAAGAAAGAUGAUAUAUCAUAAGAUGGUAUAUAAAAUAAAUGAUAAU